AUGUAUGCAGUGCGCACCAUCUGUUCCAAUUCAGCACAAACCGCUGCUGGCUCACGCGCACGUGAAUGGGUCUGUCCUUCUCGGUUCUGCUAGAGUUUCCCAGGCCGUUUCGUUCAGACUGAGAGGUGAUAUUUUCGAUGAUGGCUGUGCUGCAUCCCCGCCGGAGGAGAGAUGCGCUGGUCUGGCUGCUGCCUGGAUUGCUCGGAGUGUGCAUGGCUUUUGGACCCAGUAAAGCUGAGGAGGAAGAUUACGAGGAUGUUCCCAUAAAUAAAACUUGGGUUUUAUCCCCAAAGGUUUAUGACAGUGACGUCACCCUCAUCCUGAAUAAAUUACUGCAGGGCUAUGACAACAAACUUCGACCAGACAUCGGAGUAAGACCCACUGUCAUUGAGACAGCCGUGUACGUGAACAGCAUAGGCCCAGUGGAUCCCAUCAACAUGGAGUACACCAUAGACAUCUUCUUCGCUCAGACAUGGUAUGACAGCCGGCUCAAGUUUAACAGCAGCAUGAAGCUCCUGAUGCUAAACAGCAACAUGGUGGGAAAGAUCUGGAUCCCUGAUACGUUUUUUCGCAACUCCCGCAAAUCUGACGCCCACUGGAUCACUACUCCUAACCGGCUUCUGCGCCUCUGGAGCAAUGGACGUGUAAUGUACACUCUGAGGUUGACUAUUAAUGCGGAAUGCUACCUUAAGCUGCAUAACUUUCCUAUGGAUGAACAUUCGUGUCCGCUGGAGUUUUCAAGCUACGGGUAUCCAAAAAACGAGAUCCAGUAUAGAUGGCAGCGUCGUGCUGUUGAGGUAGCUGACCAACGCUACUGGAGACUUUACCAGUUUGCCUUUGUUGGUCUGCGCAACACGACUGAUGUGGCACAUACUCAGUCUGGAGAGUAUGUGAUUAUGACAAUCUUCUUUGAUCUGAGCCGAAGAAUGGGAUACUUCACUAUCCAGACCUAUAUCCCGUGCAGCAUGAUUGUAGUGCUGUCCUGGGUUUCCUUCUGGAUCAACAAAGACGCUGUGCCUGCCCGAACAUCUUUAGGUAUCACAACUGUCCUUACUAUGACAACCCUAAGCACCAUAUCCAGGAAGUCAUUGCCGAAAGUGUCUUAUGUGACAGCCAUGGAUUUGUUUGUGUCUGUCUGCUUCAUCUUCACCUUUGCUGCACUUAUGGAGUAUGGAACACUGCACUACUUCACCGGUAACCGUCAGAACAAGAAAACCAAGUCGAGCAGUGCGCCGAAAUCAAGCAUGACGAACAUCAGACCAGGGACGUCUCUUCUCCAGAUGAACAACAUCGCACCCUAUCACGAUGAUGAUGAUUACACAUACGAGUGUUUGGAUGGGAAAGACUGCACAAGUUUUUUCUGCUGCUUUGAUGAUUGUCGCUCAGGGGCAUGGCGUGAAAACAGGAUGCAUGUUCAUGUGUCCAAAAUUGACUCCUACUCCCGAAUAUUCUUCCCAACAGCUUUUGGCCUCUUCAACCUCGUGUACUGGAUUGGGUACCUCUAUCUCAUAUAAAUAUAUGGUAUGAGUGAGGCUUGGACUCGUUUGAAAUCUAAGAAAUAUUUGAAAAUCAUUUGUAAAUUCCUCAUCCUCUUGAUACUGUAUAAGACUGUGUAAGGGUGGAAAAGGAGCAGAGUGGUUUUUACCAGUGGUGUCUUUAUCCGAUGAUGUGUUCAAAUGGUGAGAAUGCAUUAGUGAAGAAAGAAAAUACGAGGUGCAUGUGACAUGUUAGAGGUAUUAAAGUAUUACAUUACUUUGAAUAUUACCAGCAGGAACUUUUUCAAAAAAUCUGAAAUACUGACAAUUUAUUAUUACAGACGGUGUGUGCCAUAUCAAACACGUUUAUUAAAAAUAUCUGCCUUGCUAUAUUUUAGGCGCAAUGAAGUAUAUAAUUCAAAUAAACUGGCAUUAUUACAGGUACGGCACAAAACAUGUUUUGUGCUGCAUUUUGUGGACAAAUAAAAAUAAAGUUUAAAAAUAUUAACAGUAUUUAACAGGAAUUUAACACAUAAUACCAUAUUUAUCUAUUUACUAGUAGCUAUGUAGAUGCUGAGCUGAGUAGUUGUUAUUGUAAGACGCAACGAUAAUAUAAUUACAUGUACAUAUACAAAUAACCAGCUUCCUUGUGCCCUAUCAAACCAAAGCGUAGGUAGAUUAAGACUUUUGCUAAAAAAUGUACCCUUAAGCCAUUCUCUUGGAAAUAGCCAAUAAUUACAGCAUACUGGGUUAAUCCUAUCUCUGUAAUAACUAAUGUACAAAAAACUCUCAUGUCACUGUACCCAAUGUGUACGCCUUUUGAAUGUGUAUAUGUAUAUACAUGUGUGUGUGUGUGUGUUUUACACAGACAUUAAGCAAAGAUUUUAUGUUGAGUUGAUGCACAAUAACAGAAUGGCUUCAUUUCACCAGUUUACUCUCUCUAUAAUCUGUAGUUCCACAAAUACCAAGAUUUACUGAGCAAAUGAUCACUAAUGUUCCUAAAGCCUCUGUUGUAGCACACUGUGGCCAAGAAGUUCAGAAAUCCUUCAUCUUGUCUGUGAUUUUUCACCAGAAACUUUGCUUGUUGUUUGCUCUUUGUGAGAGUCACACUCUUUUAAUCUAACGACACAUCAGAGAUCCCAUGGAUAAGAGAACCAAAUGUUCAUUUCUGGAAAGCAAAUCUGGGAUUUCGUUUUGAACCGGAUCUUCAAAUUUGACCAAAUGCACACAGUCAAAACUAUAAACUAUUUAAUUACAAACUUGUCAGCUUAUGACAAAGCCAUGAAGGCCUUUUGUGUAGUUUAACACUUUGUUAGUCCAUUCAGAUGGUAGCCAUGGUGAAAAGAGGAACAUUCUAAUCAUCUGAAUUAUUGAAUGUUAUUUUGUAGCUCUAGUUCUGUAUGUGUGUGUGUGUGUCUGCUCGGCUACUCAUCUCUUUUCCAGUUAUGCAUUCGCUAUUCUUUCUUGUUAAUUUGCAUAAUUUAUUUUUGCCACAUAUAUAUGGAUAUAUGAAUGUCUGUCCCUUCAGCAAGCUGCAAUGUAGCCUCAUCUUGUUGUAAAAUAUUUUCGAAUGUAGAAUUAUGUAUAGAUGUGUGUUGUGUCCAGUGAAACUUGACAUGUCUUACAAGUCACGCUUGUCCAUGCUUGUCCAAGUCCAUGCUCUGUCAUUCAGUCACUGGUUGAAAAUUUAGUCCACCCUAUGCAGAAUGCUGUCUCUAAUAGCAAUGAAUAGCAAUGAAUAUUUGCAAAUUGAAAUCUAUUUAUAUUUUUUAUAUAUAAAUAGAUAAACCAGGCAUUAAAAGAUGUCCAUCAUCACUGUUUCUUGUUAUUAAUAAUAAAUGAAUACAUUUCACUGA